AUGUAUUUCUGGGACAGCUUGCGAGACUCCACCCGUAGCGUGAGGAAGAAGGAGAAGAGGCAGAAGGGAGUGGAGGAGGGCCGUAGAAGGAGGAACGCCAUCCAUCUGAAUGGGUUGUAUACGGUAGAGACGGUGGUGGUGGCAGACUCAGACAUGGUGCAGUACCACGGAGCAGAGGCCGCACAGAGAUUCCUGCUCACCGUCAUGAACAUGGUGUACAACAUGUUUAACAGCAAGAGUCUGGGCGUCAGAAUCAACAUACGGGUCACCAAGCUGGUUCUGCUCCACAACCGCCCAGACAAGCUGAAAGUGGGCCACCACGGAGAAAGGUCCCUGGAGAGCUUCUGUCAGUGGCAGUGGGGGGAGUAUGGCGGCCCCCGUUACCUAGGCAACAAUUACGUGCCCGGGGGCAGGGAUGACAUCCCACCUGUGGACACGGCCGUGCUCAUCACUAGGACUGACUUCUGCGUGCACAAAGACCAGCCCUGUGACACAGUGGGUAUUGCCUAUCUGGGAGGGGCGUGCAGCUCCAAGAGGAAGUGUGUUCUGGCCGAGGACAACGGACUCAACCUGGCCUUCACCAUAGCCCACGAGCUGGGACACAACAUGGGGAUGAGCCACGAUGACGACCAUGCUACCUGUACAGGCCACUCCCACAUCAUGUCUGGCGAAUGGGUGAAGGGCCGUAACCCCAGCGACCUAUCAUGGUCCCCCUGCAGCCGUGACGACCUGGAGAAGUUCCUCAGGUCCAAAGCCAGCAGCUGUCUGCUCCACACAGACCCCAGAAGCCGCUACCAGGUCCGCCUGCCACCCAAGCUGCCAGGCAUGCACUACAGUGCAGACGAACAGUGUCAGAUCCUCUUUGGAACCAACGCCACCUUCUGCAAUGAUAUGGAGCACCUGAUGUGCGCAGGCCUGUGGUGUUUGGUGGAAGGAGACAAGUCCUGUAAGACCAAGCUGGACCCUCCUCUGGACGGCACAGAGUGUGGAGCUGACAAGUGGUGCCGGGCAGGGGAGUGUGUAAGUAAAAGCCCUAUCCCACAGCAUGUGGAUGGGGAUUGGAGCAUCUGGAGUCAGUGGAGCCAGUGCAGUAGAACCUGUGGCACCGGAGCCCAGUUCAGACAGAGGAAAUGUGACAACCCGCCGCCAGGUCCUGGUGGUAGUAACUGUCAGAAGGCCAGUGUGGAACAUAAAGUGUGUGAAGGUCCUCCCUGCCCUAAAGGAACACCCGGCUUCAGAGAGCUGCAGUGUCUCUCCCAUGACCGCCAGGCUGGCAGGAAGAAGAACAGCAUAUGGACCGCAGUCAAUAACGAUGAGAAGCCGUGUGCCCUGUUCUGUUCCCCUGUGGGGAGAGAUACCCCCAUCCUGGUGGCAGAGAGAGUGAUGGAUGGAACACCAUGUGGACCCUACGAGUCAGACCUGUGUGUCAAUGGCAGGUGUCAGAAAAUCGGCUGCGAUGGCAUCAUCGGCUCGUCAGCCAGGGAGGACCGCUGUGGGGUGUGUAACGGAGAUGGACACUCCUGUAAGAUAGUCAAGGGAGACUUCAACCAUACCAAGGGCAGGGGUUACAUCGAGGCUGCUGUCAUCCCCGUUGGUGCUAGGAGAAUCAAAGUUGUGGAGGACAAGCCCUCACACAGCUUUCUGGCAAUGAAAGACUCUACCAAGAGGUCCAUCAACAGUGACUGGAAGAUCGAGCUUCCUGGAGAGUUCCAGCUGGCCGGCACUACAGUGCGCUACGUCCGGAGAGGACUCUGGGAGAAAAUGUCCGCCAAGGGACCCACCAAGACCCCGCUGCAUCUCAUGGUGCUGUUGUUCCAUGACCAGACCUACGGGAUACACUAUGAGUACACAGUGUCUCUGAACGUAACUGAACGUGAUGAUGUCAGUGAGGAGCAGAGAGCACCAGAGCACCUCUACCUUUGGACACACAGCUCCUGGCAAUACUGCAACGUACAGUGUGGAGGAGGAGAGAGGAGGACAGUGGUGUCCUGUAUGAGGCUGGUCAAUAAGAGCAUGACUCUGGUGAAUGACAGCCUCUGCCAACCAGAGAACAGGCCAUUACCCCAAGUACGACGCUGCAACUCACACCCCUGUCAGUACAGGUGGGUGACAGGGGAGUGGGGCCAGUGCUCGGUGACGUGUGGGAAGGGUCUCCAGCUGCGUGAGGUGGGCUGUGUGUACCAGCUGCAGAACGGAUCCCUUAUCCACACACGGGACUUGUACUGCCAGGGGGGCAAACCCCCCGCCCUGCAGGGCUGCGAGGGACGCCACUGCCUCACUGCCUGGGAGGCCUCUGAGUGGUCCAAGUGUUCUUCAGACUGUGGAAGUGGGGUCCGUCGGAGGAUAGUGAGGUGCACCAACCCCCAGGGGAGCUGUGACCCCCUCUCUCAGCCUGCUGACCAGGAGCCCUGUGAGGACCACUCCAAAUGUUACGAGUGGAAGACUGGGGACUGGUCCAAGUGCUCGUCAUCCUGUGGAAAGGGCCUGCAGUCCAGAGUGGUCCAAUGUAUGCACAGAGUGACAGGUCGCCACGGUAAUGACUGCCCCGUGGUGUUCAGACCACCCACCUACCGGCCCUGUCACCAGGAGGCCUGCAAUGACAAAGUCAACGUCAACACCAUCACCUCCCCCAGAUUAGCUGCUCUGACCUACAAGUGCACAGGAGACCAGUGGACUGUGUACUGCCGUGUGAUCCGAGAGAAGAACCUGUGCCAGGACAUGAGGUGGUACCAGCGCUGCUGUGACACCUGCAGAGACUUCUACGCCAACAAAACACCCCACAAGAGUAGAGAUCCUGAUCCCCAGUUAGAGACCCUGACCCCCAGGCAGCCCCCAGUUAGAGACCCUGUCCCCCGUCCCCCAGGAAGAGACCUUGGCCCCCAGGCAGCCCCAGGUAGAGACCCUGACCCCCAGGUAGAGACCCUGUCCCCCAGGCAGCCCACAGGUAGAGACCCUGACCCCCAGGUAGAGACUGACCCCCAGGUAGAGACCCUGACCCCUAGGUCAGGAGGCCCUCAGGUAGAGACCCUGACCCCCAGGAAGCCCCCAGGCAGAGACCCUGGCCCCCAGGCAGACCCCAGGAAGAGACCCUGA